AUGUCGAGCAGCCUUCUAUGGAGCUCUAGAAAGAAUAUUCAAGUUAAACAACCAUAUCAGUACACUUUCAAAUUAAGAAUGAUUUCUUGGAAGAAAAAAAAACUAGAAAAUUACAAACGGUGGAUGCAAAGCGUCCUAUGCAAAUACGAUAUGAUUAUGUUUAAGCCUAGCUUCCAAAGACCAUACCAGAAACGAUGGGCGAACCAAGUGCGAUUUGGCAAGCGGGCGAACAAUUGGGCAUCAUCGGUGCGAUUCGGACGAUAA